AUGGAGCGCUGGCCACUUCUGCAAGCACGUGUCCUGGAGACCAGCAGCCAGCGACUUAGGCUUUGUGAGGUGAGAGGUCAUGGGAGAUGCUUGGAAGCGCAAGUCGCAUGCACGCUCGGCCAGUGCCUAGCAGAAGAAAGGCCUUUGGUCUUGGGGUCUUCUGACGGAAGCUGGUUGGCGAAGGCUUGUUGUGUCAAUGAGGAAGAGGAGCUGGAUGCCAUGGAUGAUCUGUUGGCCGGCUGCCUCUGCCUGCAUGUGAGCUCGGACGUCGAGAAGCAACAGCUUGCACAGGAAUUGAGCCGAGAAUCGAGCUCAGUUGGCGAUACCAGUGAAGACAGACUUUCGAUAUGCUUAUCCAGUCACUUGUUGGAAGCUUUGGGUCCAGACGUUGCGCCAAUUCUCUCCCAGUGGAGAGCGUGCUGUGAUGUCAAUGCAGAAACAUGGAUCGAAACAGUGGAAGAGUCGGAGCCUACCCGUCCCUUGAUACGACAUGUGCGCUUCUUGUUCGGAUUGUUUGCAGCUUUGGCAAUGGUGCAGCACAGUUGCCAGCCAAAUGCACGAGUGGAAUGGGACUCGAGUGCUCAGGCCAUGAAACUGGUAGCGAUGUCAGACAUUGCAUGCGGCCAGCGCAUUUCGCGGUCUUACCUGGAUGCGGGGCUGCUAAUGGCACCAACCUCCGUUCGCAAGGUUGUGCUGCAGCAAGACUGGGGGUUCCAGUGUACUUGUCUGCGCUGCAGAUGCAGUUUGCAGGAGGUAGAUUGGACAGACGUCAUGACGCCCUUCCUACCUGACCAGAAUUCUGAUUGUCAGACGGGCCCACGUCUAACUCUGCAGAGGUGUGCCGGACCCUUCGGAUUGAAGCUCGAUCCUGCGGCGGUGCAAGCUAUCAGAAGGGCAGGCGCAGCAUGUCAAGCUCUUGGAGUUCCACCUGUCGGAACGCUUCACUUUCUUCAAGACGUCGUUUCUGAUGUGCAGCCAGGAAGCCGUGGAAGCUUGUCGACCAUCACACUUUGCCUUCCAGGAGUUUGUGAGCUGGAGGACACCUCUGAACCUGUGGGCAAUGAUGCCGUGGACACGGUGAAGAAGGAAUGCUCGUCAAGGUCACACAGCGGUACUCGGGAUCAAAGUUCUAAGCAUCUGACCAUCUGUUCUCUUGAGAGUGAGUAG